AUGUUCAGGAAGUUGUGGUAUCCCGUAUCGAGGGCAUUUGGGAAGGAGGAUGUCGAUGACCUCACUUCACUCAAGCAUUUACAUGAACCUGCUCUACUACAAGUUCUCCAGAACCGAUUCAAUAGAGAUCAGCUGUACACUAUGUGUGGCCCUAUACUUCUAGCUGUUAAUCCAUUCAAGGGCAUUCAAGGGUUGUAUGAGAAGACCGUCGUUGACAGGUUUCUGUUGGAUUCUGAGAACCUCAUUCAUACUCCACAUGUCUUCUCUACGGCCCUUCGAGCUUAUAAGUCGUCGGUCCGACAAGGAGUUUCCCAGUCUAUACUCAUCAGUGGUGAAUCAGGAGCUGGCAAGACGGAAACCACUAAGCUUGUAAUGCAGUUCCUAUCGGCCUGUGGUAGGGCUUCUAAAAGUGAUAUUAACAGACAAGUGUUGGAGUCAAACCCAUUGUUAGAGGCCUUUGGGAACGCAUGUACACUUCGGAACGACAACUCAUCACGGUUUGGUAAGUUUAUACAGCUGCAGUUUGACGGCGAGAAGGAUCACUUACGGCUGAAGGGCGCCAGAAUAGAAACUUACCUAUUGGAAAAGAUAAGGGUGACGAAUCAAAUACAAGGCGAACGGAAUUUCCAUAUUUUCUAUCAAAUAUGCGCGGCAGCAGCGGUGGGUAGGAGGACGGAUGAUGGGCUCGUUACGGGCUCGGGGCGUGCUCAAAUGGUAGAGGCUACUAUUCUUAGUUUUACGUACCUCACCCGCGACACUGCUGUACAUAAGCUGUCCCAUGGUCUGGACCUGGAGGGCUUUGAACGGACGGUGCAUGCUAUGACGGUUAUAGGGUAUGGGAAGGAGGGCAUUGAACACAUAUUCAGCUUGGCGGCUGCGAUACUACGCUUGGGGAAUGUUGAAUUUAGUGCGCCUGAGGGGGAUAGUGAGGCUUCUAUGGUCACGAAUCGGGAGGAACUAGCAUUGGUGAGUAGUAGUAGUAGUAGUAGUAGUAGUAGUAGUAGUAGUAGUAGUAGUAGCUAUA